CUCACAUUCUCACUCUGUAUCUCCUCCUUCCUCUCCUUUCAGUCCACCUCUCUUAUCUAUCAAAAAAAACCUCACAAGGAGAAAAGGUAAAAGAUAAUGACUCUUAGGAAGCACAACAAGCUUUCCCAAACGAUGGUAUUGAAGCAGAUACUGAAGAGGUGUUCCAGCCUUGGGAGGAAGCAGGGGUUGGGUGGUGGUGGAGAGGAGGAGGGGCUGCCGGACGAUGUGCCGAAGGGCCACUUUGCGGUGUACGUGGGGGAGAACAGGAGCAGGUUCAUUGUUCCUAUAUCUUAUCUCAGUCAUCCUGAGUUCCAGCGCCUCCUUCGCCAGGCUGAGGAGGAGUUCGGCUUUCGCCACCACAUGGGCCUCACCAUCCCAUGCGAGGAGGUAGUCUUCCGGUCGCUGACAUCUUCGCUUCGAUGAGAAGCUGAGGCUUCUUCUACUUCUUCUUCUUCUUCUUCUGCUGCUGCUGCUGCUGGUUGGUUUGAUGGAUUUUGUAAUGAUUUCUGAUACCAAGCUCAUGAGAAAUUGCAUGGGUUGGAUAUGUAGACAUUAGAGUGGCGUGCUCGUUAAUUUGCGCCCUGUAGUAUCCGAUUAUUAGUAUAUAUUUGAGAAAGAGAGGGACUGACUUGAGUCACCCUAUUCAUGUGUAAACCAUCUUUGUCUCUUGCACUGAUUUAUCUUUGUUUUGAGUUUAUGAUUGGUUUCU